AUGAGUCAUGCAGUGCAGAGGGAGCACCUGGCGCAGGAGCACCUGGCGCAGGAGCACCUGGCGCAGGAGCACCUGGCGCAGGAGCACCUGGCGCAGGAGCACCUGGCGCAGGAGCACCUGGCGCAGGAGCACCUGGCGCAGGAGCACCUGGCGCAGGAGCACCUGGCGCAGGAGCACCUGGCGCAGGAGCACCUGGCGCAGGAGCACCUGGCGCAGGAGCACCUGGCGCAGGAGCACCUGGCGCAGGAGCACCUGGCGCAGGAGCACCUGGCGCAGGAGCACCUGGCGCAGGAGCACCUGGCGCAGGAGCACCUGGCGCAGGAGCACCUGGCGCAGGAGCACCUGGCGCAGGAGCACCUGGCGCAGGAGCACCUGGCGCAGGAGCACCUGGCGCAGGAGCACCUGGCGCAGGAGCACCUGGCGCAGGAGCACCUGGCGCAGGAGCACCUGGCGCAGGAGCACCUGGCGCAGGAGCACCUGGCGAAGGAGCACCUGGCGCAGGAGCACCUGGCGCAGGAGCACCUGGCGAAGGAGCACCUGGCGACGGAGCACCUGGCGACGGAGCACCUGGCGACGGAGCACCUGGCGACGGAGCACCUGGCGACGGAGCACCUGGCGACGGAGCACCUGGCGACGGAGCACCUGGCGACGGAGCACCUGGCGACGGAGCACCUGGCGACGGAGCACCUGGCGAAGGAGCACCUGGCGAAGGAGCACCUGGCGAAGGAGCACCUGGCGAAGGAGCACCUGGCGAAGGAGCACCUGGCGAAGGAGUAG